CGGCGCGAAACGAGGCCGGCUAUGGUACCGCUGGCGCCAAAUGGGCCGACGUCGUAUGUGGUUCAAGUCAAGCCGCCGCGCGCGCGUGUGGCCAAGCUUUUGCGACACUUUGAUAUGCUCCUCGGGCUUGUUGUUAUUCUGCUUGUCGCGAUCGAUAGCGUCACCAACAACUGGGCCAUCAACGACUACAUCGGGGACGCCUAUGCGUUCUUGACGCCCCUCGCGACCGUCUCGCAUGCAUCCGACCUCACGGCGCAGUAUAGCUUUCCAGUCGCCAGCGGGUUGGACGAUGUGUCCAAGAUCGGGUUUUGGAUGAUCAACCAUACGGUCCACGCGAUGGUGACCAAGAGCCCGGAUGUCUACUUCAUCUCGGUCGGGUCGUUUCCGCUCUCAGCCAGCAUCGAUCAGUGCAAGAUGCUGGUGGCCACGUACCCCUUUGAUAUGGUCGCAUCGUCAACUGCGUACCUCGGUGUCGCGUCCAACGCCGUGACGUAUUACAAGGGCAGUGCGCUCUCGCAUUUGUUUACGACCGAGAUGAGAGCCAAUGCAAGCAUGCAAGACGAUGUGCUCCAGAGUCUCGGGUACGCACCCGGUCGCACCGGCACCGACAUGCGUCUCACAACGGGUGUUUCGGUCGCCAACCAUUCACGCCUCCAGUCGACGCGGAUUGGAUUUUUCAAGCUAUUUCCAAAGAGCUUUUGCACCGGGUGCAGUCCGGUUCCUGAGCUCGGGUUUGGUCAUUGUCGCGCGACCAUGGUCUACGACGACGCGGCCAAGACACUGGAGCUUGUCAGCAGUGUCAACGACGUCGGGUCGGUCUACAAGGUCGGGUUGCUCUUGCCGCAGUCGGCCUUUUCGUCGGCGUCCCACUAUGUGAAAGCGGUUGCGAUUUUGUUUGCUGUUGGCGGCUACUUGGCGAGCCGCCGCACGGUGCAAUGGGCCGAUUUCGAGAGUUUGAAACUCGACUCGAUUUUUUCGAAAAUUUUGCGCACGAUUUCGCCAAAGUACUUUCCGUACCCGAGUUUGGCGCUGCGGUUUGACAUGUUUUGCUACAAUUCCGACAUUUUCGUGUUUUUCUUUGCGAUUGGCGUACUCCUCGACAUGAGCAACUGCCUCUAUUUUUUGCGUGUCAUGAAUUUGUACAAUGCGGACGCGCCGUCGUUUCGAUACCUUGUGCAAACGUAUGCUCUCACGAUGCGCUUUCUGUGGAUCAACUGCGCGGUGCUCAAAGUGCUCAAACUGAUCUGGAACCUCGUUUCGACAUCGUCCUACAACGGCGAAAGCAUGAUCAUGCGCUAUCUCAACCUCACAAGUGUCACGUCGCUGUACGCGAGUGCGCUUAUGCUCGUGUACGUCCCGCCGUACAUUGAGUACACCAACAGCGUCACCCACGACCUCAACCAGAAGACGCAGCCCCUCGAUGAGAUUCAUGUGGUCGCCUUUGAGAGCUUUUAUCUCCGCGCCGUCCCCGCAGUCUUGGUGCUCUUCGCCAUCAACCUCGUCGUCAUUCUGGCGGCCGACCACUUGCUCUACUACAAGUCGUGGCAACUUGUCGUUAAAAACUCGCUCGCGCGCCAAGCUAUCUUCAACAGCAGCUCCAUCUUGUGCGACUACCUCAGUGGUAUCGAGCCCGACCUUAGCGCCGGCAGCAAGGGCUCGAUGCUCAUCUGCAAGGCGCGCCGCCUCAGUACGCUGCAGUGGUUUUUUAUGAACCAUGUGACAUGCUUUGGGCUCCCCGAGAAGGAGCUCCGGGCGAAAAAGAAGAUGCUGCAAACAUCGUCGGUCACGACGACGACAACAGACGAUUUAACAAGCGUCAAGUGCAUGGUCGUGCAAGACAACGACCGCAAUGUGCACUUGCUCGACGCACAGCUCGCGGAUAUCACGCCCCUUGUGUACAACAUCAAAAUCCUCAAGGACACGACCGUAGUGCUGCACUAAGAUCGUAGUGACGCAAGGAUUGGCUGGCAUGAAAAAUUCGAGCCCGUUUGCACGUUUCGGAUUGGCUGGUAUUUUUAGAGCGACGUUGGAUUUUCGAAUGCAC